AUGUUUUUAAAUUAUGAAAGAUUUACAUGCAAAUUUACAUUCGAUUCUAAAAAGCAGAAGAUACAAUUUGGUCACCACCUAGAAAGCGGUUAUCCAGGAAAUGCUUUGAAAGAAGGAGAAUUGAAAUGUAAUGAUGAGAUAUUCGCAUACACUGAAUCGAAACCUUUUAUAACAGUCCAACUGUCUAUUUUAUGGAACGGAUCAAAAGCACUUGACAACACGUACAACACACGUAUUGUCGUGUAUAAAUGCGCCCAUAUGGGUGAUGAAUGCGCAGCAUGUCUACACAAGAACUACUCGUGCAUGUGGAAUUUAGAAACCGGAGAAUGUAAAUACUACAGCUCAGAUGAUAAAUCCAACAUAACUGAUUCCUGGUUGCAUGAUAUGCAGGACUGUUUGAAUCUAACAAUAUUUCAAAAAAUCUUGCGUAAAAAACAAUCGACAAGGUCAACGGAAAACAUCCAAAAUUCAACAAUAUUUCAAAAGAACCAAUCAGCAAAUUGGUUAACAGAACACAUGUAUUUAAUAAUAACACUAAUAGUGGCUGUAACAUUCACUGUAGUUGCAGUAUUCGUUAUCUAUUCUAGAAGAUCUGCAGUUAGAUCGCGAAAAAUGCAACAACAAAUGAAUAAAAUGGGCAUGCAAAUGAUAGCUAUGUCGCAAUGCGUAAAACGCGUCGUGAUUGAAAACGAAAUUAGGCUGGACAAAAAUGAAUUAGACAUACUGAAACUACCAAACGUCACCAUCGUAUACGAACCUUAUCCAACAACAGAAGCAAAUAAAAUGGUAUCGAGGAGCGAAUAUGAAUUACCGCCGGAUGAAAAGUGGGAAAUUCCUCGAAAAAACGUUGUUCUGGGUGAAUUUCUAGGGGAAGGAGAGUUUGGAAGAGUUGUCAAAGGAAAUGUUUCAGGCCACUUACAGCAGCACAACGUCACAACAGUAGCAGUGAAAAUGUUGAAAAAUACCCACAAGGACAAAGAUUUGGUUAAUUUAGUAACCGAAAUGGAACUGAUGAAACUAAUCGGCAGACAUGACAAUGUACUUAGCCUACUCGGAUGUUGUACGCAAGAUGGACCAUUGCUCAUCAUCAUCGAAUACUCUCCUCAUGGAAAUUUACUAGAUUUCCUCAGAAACCACUACCAACCUUCAAAAGCCAGCGAAAAUGACUUGUCUGAAAAAGUUCAGCUUACAUUUGCUCUACAAAUAGCCAGAGGCAUGGAAUACUUGGCUUCUAUAAAACUAAUUCACCGAGACCUCGCUGCUCGAAAUAUCCUGAUAUUUGACGAUUAUGUGCUGAAAAUAGCUGAUUUUGGAUUAGCCAAAGAUAUUCGAAACGCUGACUACUAUAAACAAAAGACCAAAGGUAGAUUACCAGUAAAAUGGAUGGCACCUGAAACCUUGACUCACCGACGUCAUUCCCCCCAAUCUGAUGUGUAA